AUGGAGGAAUUCAGAUUAUGGAGGAAUUCAGUUCCUUGCUGUCUUUUAUUAGACCAGGACAAAUAUUUAUCUCCUCUUCAAGUCCUUUUCCCUAUUCCGAUGCUCGGUGGUGAGCGUUACGCUCCGGUCCCUCAAACCAGCAUCUAUCUCUUAAAACCAUCACCGUCUUCUACAUCAAGCAGCAACUUGUUGGUUAGGGUUGAACAUCACUGGAUCCGAUUGAACGGCGAGAUUCAGCACAAAGUAUCAGUUUCUGAUCCAUUCUUUGAUAAAGCAAAUAUGAGACAAUUGCGUGAAGAGGUUUCGUUCUCACACGAAACUAUUAUCUAUCCUGAUUUUGCUUGGACCAAAAAAGAAGAUUGCACUGCUAUCGCUCUCGGCGGACCUGGAUAUUUGAAGUGCUGGAGAACUGGGGAUAAGAUUUGGACUCCCGUAAACGACGGGCAUUGUUAUUAUACGGAUAUGAUAAUCUAUAAUAAGCAAGUGUAUGUUGUUGAUCGAUGGGGUGCACUUUUACUAAUUGAUUUGCCAUCCAUGGACAUCGUUAAAAUUACAGCUCCAUUGUCGGAAUUCAGCGGUUGGUUUAGGUAUUUGGUAGAAUCAAGUGGAGAUCUCUAUCUUGUGAACAUGUGUCAUUAUAAUGAAGAAGAUGGUUUCCUAGUUUAUAAGCUGGUGAAAUCGGAAGAACAUCGUCAUUGGGUUUUGGUUAAUAGCAUCGGCGAUAAAAUAUUUUUUGUCGGAAGUUCUCUGUGUGAUCAUUACGGUUCAUUUUCUAUUUCAUCUCAGGAUUUCCCUGGAACAGAAGGAAACCGCAUAAUUUGCAAUUUAUUCAAUGAGAAUAAAAUACUGGGUUUUUUCAAUGUAGAGAAUGGCAGCAUUUUUCAUCUAUCAACAAUGCAACUCAUUGAGCUCGCGCCACAGUAUUUCCAAUUAUUCAGGUCCAGUUAG